AUGCAGGCGGUGGCGGUCCAGAACAUCCGGGGCUUGAUCCCCGUCGUCCUCAACGUCUCCGGCAACUAUGCGCGCUGGAAGGAUCAGUUCCUCCUCGUUGUCGGCAAGUCCAUCUCCGAUGAUCUCGCCGACACCAUCUCCGCGGGCACCAUCUCCGUGCGCGACGCCUGGCUUGCCGUGGAGACACAGUUCCUCAGCAACCGCGAGACGCGCGCCCUCUACCUCGACGCCGAGUUCCGCGGGUUCUCCCAAGGUGACCUCUCCAUCAUAGAUUACUGCAGGCAUCUCCAGCAGAUGGCUACCGAUCUUGGCGCGCUCAGCGAGGUCAUCUCAAAUCGGACUCUCGUCCUUAACCUCAUCCGAGGCCUCAACGAGCGCUUCGCCAACAUCGGCCUUCACCUUCGGUGGAGCCAACCCUUCCCCUCCUUCCUAGAGGCUAAGGAGGCCCUGCGCUUGGAGGAACUCACCCUUGCGCACCAGGCGGAAACACUGACUGCCCUCGUCGCCACCCAGGCCACCGCUUCCUCUCCUGCUGGCAGCACCAGCAACUCCAAGGGCGGCGGCGGAGAAAGUGCAUCUGUGCCCCUAAAUGAUUUUGGUGAUUUUUGA